AUGAGUGACCUAGACAAGUAUACCAUCCAGCUCUCCGUGGCCAUUGCGCAACUGCGCUCCUGUCGCCCUAUCCCCGAACACCAAGUGCGUGAGCUCUGCUAUAAAGCUCGAGAAAUAUUAAUUGAAGAGGGCAAUGUCGUCUCCGUUGAUGCCCCAGUCACCAUCUGUGGAGACAUCCAUGGCCAAUUCCACGACCUGAUGGAACUGUUCCGAGUGGGAGGCGACGUUCCUGAGACCAACUAUCUUUUCAUGGGCGACUUUGUCGACCGUGGCUUUUACUCCCUCGAAUCCUUCCUCCUCCUCCUGUGUCUCAAGGUUCGAUACCCCGACCGCAUGACGCUCAUUCGGGGCAACCACGAAUCGAGACAAAUCACGACCGUUUAUGGCUUUUAUGACGAAUGUAUUAGAAAAUAUGGCAACGCCAAUGUUUGGCGGUAUUGCUGUGAAGUAUUUGAUUAUUUAGCGUUGGGUGCCUUGGUUUUGGGUGCAGACACGAAAUUAUCCCCUUCAGGCCCUGUGGUAACGCAGGCAGGCAACGGAGGUGAACAGCAUGACACGCAGUCUUCAAACUCCGUUAUAGAAGAUGAUGAUGAAUUAGAGGUUGAAGUGCUAAAUUCAAAGGGCGAAGUUACACAGGCGUCCUACCGGAGAAGGAAUCGUGGAUCUAACGAUAUUGCACAUGAUAUUCGGGACGUCUCGCCGCCGAGAGAUAUAUCAUCCGUCCCCAACAGCACACCCACUCGAACCGGCCCUGCGGGAACCGGUGCAACGGGGGAUAGCAUGGGCAGUAUAUCAAGCAACACUGGUGCAGUUCUAUGUGUUCAUGGUGGCCUAUCUCCCUUGGUAGACAGCGUCGAUAAAAUCCGACUCAUUGACCGGAAGCAAGAAGUCCCCCAUGAAGGUGCCAUGUGUGAUCUUCUCUGGUCGGACCCCGACGAAAUUGAAGGCUGGGGUUUAAGUCCGCGUGGAGCAGGAUUUUUAUUCGGCGCCGAUAUCGUGAAGCACUUCAGCUAUAAGAAUGAUCUAUCGCUCAUUGCCCGUGCUCACCAGCUUGUUAUGGAAGGUUUUAAAGAGAUGUUUGACGGCGGGAUCGUGACUGUGUGGUCAGCCCCAAAUUAUUGUUAUAGGUGCGGGAAUGUGGCGGCUAUACUUGAGCUAGGCGAAGAUGCGAGUAACGGUGGUACCAUUGCCAGAAGCAAUGGAGAUUAUGGACGUAGCCUCGGUGGCAGAGCCGGAAUGCUUGAUAUGAAAAGGGUCCCUGGCCCUGGGAGACGGUAUCGGGUUUUCGACGCUGCCCCUCAGGAUACCCGUGGAAUGCCAGCUAAGAAACCUGUGGCCGAUUACUUCUUGUGA